AUGCGUGUGAUGCCAAAUCUUGUCCAGGCAUUUGUGUCGACCUCCUUGCUUUCCAGUCUCUGCUGGGGCUUUGACAACCCGGCGCAGCAGGUUGUAGGCAUCCAAAACAAGCCUCAACGUCCAAUCUAUCUCAUCGCUCAUAGAGUCUUGCACACAACGGCAAUCCCAAUCGCUCUCCGCGAUGGCGCAAAUGCAUUUGAAAUGGAUGUGGCACCCUAUGACGGGAAGCUAUAUGCAUACCAUGAUGAUAUCGGGCCUGGCCGUAAGCCAGGCCAUACGGUAGAAGAAAUGUUGGAUACUUUUACACAGCAUGCCAACGAGACCAACUUUGUCUGGUUUGACAUUAAGAAGCCAGAUACCUGGGCGAGCCAGGGAACCUCCAUUGAAAAGCUUCAAAGGAUGGUACAAGAGAAGUUGGAGCCAGUCGGAAUUCGAGCUCUGUAUGGCUUCAGCUUGAAAGACACGGGUCUUGCGGAAUUCGAUAAACUAGCCAGAUCCUUGAGUGGGAACGAAGCAAUCAGCAUUGGUGGCCGGAAUAGGGCUGUUGGGCGAACCUUUGACAGCCUCACCUCUGAUAAACUGUCUGUGAAACAGAAGGUGAUGGACUACGGGAUUUCGUUCCUCAAUCUACCGUAUGCGAUGGACUGUGAUUGGCCAAGAGAUAAGGAGGACGUGUUCUAUCCAACUGGUGUCUGCUACGAAUUAUAUCAAGGCGCGAAGUUGCUGCGCGAUCGACAGCCUAGAAAGCCCAAGGUGGGAAUGACCUUCGGCUGGACCAUCAGGGCCGAUGAUGAAGGAACCGAUCGUGUGGACAAGCUCUUGGGAUUUUCAAAGGCCGAUGGCUUGAUCUAUGGCGAGGCGACCCAUGCUUAUCGAGAUUCUCCAGACAUUCGCGUUGCAAUUGGGCUGAUUCAAAGUUGGUUGAAUCAGCACGCUGAGACGCACCGCCGUGCUACAAAAUCCGAUGUUCCUUGGUGA